AUGGCGCAGUUUAGCGCAAUAGUGAACCGGUCUACGGGUUCGUGUAGCGCGCAUAAAUCUACGAGGUCCGCUAAACGUAGAGCCGUGACAGCACAGUGUUCGCUUAUCUUAAUUGCUCUGCGAGAUACGAUCGAGCUGGAAUUUAUCUGCGGUUCCUCCACUGCUGGACUUUUUAAACCGCAUUGUAAAAAGUCUAAUGAUAGUGAUCGGGAUUCUGCAGCAGCAGCUAUUUAUUUUCCGACGAUGGAUCCAGCUUAA